GUUGCGCUCGUUAGAUCGACUGAUAGGAAGGAGACCAGCUAUGGAUUCUGAACGGGAUGCCACAGCGCCAUGUCCCUCUAAUAACACAGCCCAGUGCCACAGUGGUAAAGACAGGAAAGGAGGGUUUAGCAGGAUGUUGGUUGCCAGGAGGAAGGCCACAAUGGAGCAGAAGAAAAGAGAUGAGGAGCUGACCAGUCAACUGCAGCAAAUGGACUUGGAUAGCAGAGCUCCUGCCAAUGGAUCAGGUUUGGUCUACAGUGAGAUGUUUACUCACCAUAGAAGUCUUUGGGAACAAAGUCAUCCAGAGAGUCCAGACAGAGUCACCGCCAUCAUGGCAGAGCUGGAGAGACAAGGCCUGCUGUCCCGCUGCAUCACCGUGGAGCCUAGAGCUGCAACGGAAGAAGAGCUUUUAUUGGUCCAUAUGAGGAAGUAUGUGGGUCUGAUGAGGUCGACCCAGACCAUGACGGAGACUGAACUUCACACUCUGUCUGAAAACUAUGAUUCUGUCUACAUCCACCCAGAGUCCUUCCAGGUGGCGCUGUUAGCUGUAGGUGCUGUCCUUCAGCUAGUGGACAAGGUUAUGACCUCUGAACUCAGGAAUGGGUUUGCUGUUGCCAGACCCCCAGGUCACCAUGCUCAGUGCAACCAGGCUAAUGGUUUCUGUUUGUUUAAUAAUGUUGCCAUAGCAACACGCUACGCACAGAAACACUACCGACUACACAGAGUACUGAUAGUAGACUGGGAUGUCCACCACGGCCAGGGCAUUCAGUAUAUCUUCCAGGAGGACCCCAGUGUUCUCUAUUUCUCCGUCCAUAGACAUGAGCAGGGCUCCUUCUGGCCUCACCUACCAGAGUCUGGGAGUCAAGCAGUUGGCACAGGCACUGGCCAGGGCUACAACAUCAACCUGGCCUGGAACAAAACUGGGAUGAAAGAUGCUGACUACAUCGCCGCAUUUCAACAGCUGCUGCUACCUGUGGCUUAUGAGUUUCAGCCCCAGUUGGUCCUGGUGGCAGCGGGUUUUGACACUUUGGUUGGAGACCCAAAGGGAGAGAUGUGUACCAGUCCUGAGGUGUUUUCGGUUUUGACCCAUAUGCUGAUGGGAUUGGCUCAGGGUCGACUCAUUCUGGCUCUAGAGGGAGGUUAUAAUUUGCAGUCGACAGCAGAGGGCGCUGCAGCCUGUGUCAGGUCUCUGCUUGGAGAGCCCUGCCUGCCCCUGCAACCACCCACCUCGCCCAGUGACAGUGCUCUGAGCUCUAUCUCUGAGACCGUCUCAGCUCUGUGUCCAUACUGGUCCUGUCUGCAGGUUUUAGAGGGAGGCCCUCUUGCUGAUGGUGAGGUCAUCAGAGAAACAGCCAAUCAGGAGAAGGUAGCAGAGACCCAUCCUGCACACUCUGCUGCUGGCAUGUCAACUGGCCUGGUGUAUGACCAGAAGAUGAUGGAUCACCUCAACAUGUGGGACAGACAUCAUCCAGAGAACCCUCAGAGGAUUUCCAGAAUUUUUUCUAAACAUGAAGAAUUGCGGUUGGUUCAACGCUGCUUGCGGAUACCUGCCCGCCUGGCAACCGAGGAAGAGCUGGCUAUGUGCCACGGACUGGAGCACAUAGCCCAGAUGAAGAGUACAGAGGUUCUGAAGCCAAGAGAUCUACACAGACUGGGGGAUGAGUAUAACUCCAUUUACCUCAACAACCAGAGCUACCACUGUGCUCUGCUGGCUGCCGGCGCCUGUUUCAACACUGUGCACAGCAUUCUGACUGGACAGGUGUCUAAUGGAGUAGCCAUUGUUCGUCCACCUGGCCACCAUGCAGAGAAAGACUUGGCGUGUGGUUUCUGUCUGUUCAACACGGUUGCACUCACCGCCUGUUAUGCACAGUCGAUUACCCACAAUCCUCCGCUCCGCGUCCUCAUCCUGGACUGGGACGUUCACCAUGGCAACGGGACUCAGCACAUCUUUGAGGAAGAUGACAGUGUCCUCUAUAUCUCUCUCCAUCGUUAUGAGAACGGGACCUUCUUCCCCUCCUCUGAGGAUGCAGACUGUGAUCGGGUGGGUGUCGGUCGGGGGGUGGGAUUUAACGUCAACAUUCCCUGGAGUGGAGGACGAAUGGGAGAUUCCGAUUACCUCGCAGCCUUCCAUCAUGUUGUCAUGCCCAUCGCUGUGGAGUUUAAUCCAGGUUUGGUACUGAUUUCAGCUGGUUUUGAUGCGGCUCGAGGUGAUCCCCUGGGCGGGUACCAUGUGACCCCAGAGGGAUACGCCCACAUCACUCAUAUGCUGAUGUCAUUGGCUGGAGGGAGGGUGUUGGUUAUUCUUGAGGGAGGAUAUAACUUGACAUCCAUCUCUGAAUCCAUGGCAAUGUGCACCAGCAUGUUGCUAGGGGAUGCCCCUCCCUCCUUAGCCACUCCAUUGCCCCCCCCUCACCACAACGCUGUGGCAGCCAUUAACAAGGUCAUACGAUGUCACGCCCCCUACUGGAGGUCCCUCAGGAUUCACAUCCCAGAGUCUCUCCGCAUGUGCCUGCCCUCUCCAAAGCAUCGUGGGAAACGUAGUUCUAGAGGGGGAGGCAGGAAGUCAAACCAGCCCAGUCCAGACAAACCACCACGACCCUCUACAGGGAUGGAAGGGGAUAACAAGGGGGACUCGAGUCUUGACCAGCUUGCUCAGGGAUUGGCCUCCCUAGACAUCACUCAGACUACCCCAGCCAUUCCCAGCCCUCGGAAUCGCUCGAGUGUGGACGAAGUGAAGGAGGAGCGUCAUGGAGUGACGCCUGAAAAGGGCCAGUCACUAGCCAGUGUACCCCAGGCCCAGCAGGCUGUUGCUGAGGGAACCUCAGCAUCCAUUGCCGGUGGAGACGAGGGGGUUGCCGAGGCAGAGGGAGCGUGCGGUUGGUCCAAACCGCAGGCUGCACUGGAACUGGUCUGUGGAGGCAAAGAGUUGGACGGGAGCACCAUGUAUGUGGUGGACCCCCUGUCUUGGUGUCCUCACCUGGAUGUCGUUAAGCCACUCCCACCUGCAGGUAUCGACAUCUUCCUGCCCUGUCAGGACUGUGGCUCUGAAGCUGAGAACUGGACCUGUCUCACCUGUUACCAGGUGUUCUGUGGUCGCUAUAUCAAUGAGCACAUGGUAACACACGGCCUCGUAUCAGAACAUCCCAUGGUGCUCAGCUUCUCUGACCUGUCCGUCUGGUGCUACUGCUGUGAGGCCUACAUACAUAACAAGGUGCUGUUUGAAGCCAAAAACGCCGCCCACUGUGCCAAGUUUGGAGAAGAGCUUCCUCCAUGGAGCUGAGAGACUGGAGGAGACUGGAGGAGGAGAUCAGAGGAGACCGGAGGAGGA